UUUUAUUUACUGAAUUUUCAAAUGUCUAUAUUUGAUGAAGAUGCAUCACCUUUUCCCGAUGAAAAUGAAUUUGAUCCAAGACAAUUCGAUGAGAACACUAUAGAUUUUUAUGCUGUUUUGAAUGCCUCAAUUGAAGACAUAAACAAAGCUUUUAAACUUCGAAGUCUUCUUUUUCAUCCUGAUAGACAUGUGGAUGAGACUCACAGACGUGAAGCUACCAAAAUUUUUGUUACCGUUAAAAGAGCACAAGAAGUUUUAAGUGAUCCAAAACUUCGUUCGAUUUAUGACACUCUUGGAGUUAAAGGAAUCGAUUUAGAAGGUUGGAAACUCGUUAACCGUUCUACAAAUCCAGAGAAUAUUCGUCGUGAAUAUGAUUUUCUUUGUCGGCUUAGAGACAAUGAAAUUAUGCUUCAAAGAGUUAAACCUAGCACAAGUUUUGUUGUUUACUCCUCAAUUGCUGGAAUGUUUAAACGUGGGGAGGAUGAUGAAGAAAAUGAAAGAUUUACAUUACUUGGAAUGAAAUUAGAUCAAGACGCAAGCUGUGCCAUAGGUUCUUCAAACCGUCUUGGACUUUCAGGCCAAGUCAGAUUUAAUGAAAAAGGAUUGGGUACUGGUCAUCUACAAACUUCUUGUAAUUGGAUGGUCUCUUCCUCAACUCAUUUACAGAGUUCAAUAGCACUUGGCCCAACAUUUAUCAAUACUUCAUCAAAAAUUGUGCUAACAGUUCCCCAAAAUACCCAUAGAUGGAUUUCUUGGCUUACGGGCUCUUCUUUUGUUUUACAACCAACAAUUCAAUAUAAUACUAUUCGUGGCGAUUUUGAUUUUAUUUUAACUCCAUUUGUUGGUUUUCCUCUUGGUGGUGGAAAUCAAGGAAUGAUUGUAUUGAAUAUUGGAAUUAAUAGGCAUCCAUCUCUUAUUCUUUCUUAUGUGAAAAAUAAAUUUGACCAUCCACAAUUUGCCUGCAAUUUAACUAUUUCUCCAAUCCAACCAUCACUUCGGCUUACAUAUCAUUUGAGAUAUCCACAAAAUGAAUUACAUUAUGAAGCAAGCUGCGUUCUGGCUCUUAGUGAAUUUACACCUUCUCUAUUAAUUGAAAAACGUCUUACAAAAUUUUCAAAAAUUGGUGUUAAUUUACUUUUCUCAUUUCCUUCUUUUAUGCUACAGGCGAGUUUUCGAAUUCGGACAGGUUUAAAUAAUUAUGAAUUUCGUGUUAUGCUCUGUGAACAACAAGAUGAUAUUGUUACUUCAUGCUUAUAUGGUUUAGUAUUGCCUGCUGUUUUUUUGAAUGUUUCGAGAUUGUUAUUUAGAAAACAAAUUUCUUGGAUUUUUGAAGUUUUGACAGGAAAUCAAUUAAACGGAGAUGAAGUUUUAAUUGAAAUAAAAAAAGAACAAGCACAAAAAGCUGUUGAAUUAAUGCGUGCAAAUGCAGAAAAAGUAGCAAACGAAGAAAAACGUAAAAAUGGACUUGUAAUAAUUGAAGCUUUUUAUGGGCAAAUGCAGAAUGAUAGACCUGCUUCAGAAUUAUAUCCUUUACUUGGAGAUAAAGUUGUUGAUGUUACUAUUCCAUUACAGGCAUAUGUACAUGAUUCACAAUUACGUAUUUAUAGUGGAAAGGAUCAAAUGCCUGGUUUCUUUGAUCCUUGCCCAGGCGAACCAAAAAUGUUAAAGGUUCUUUACCGUUUUAGUGGACAUCUGCAUUCUGUCGCUGUUUUAGAAGACCAACCAUUAAUGUUGCCGAUGAAAGCACACAGAGUUUUACAGGAAAUUGAAAAUAAAUAG